AUCCUCGCAGGCGAUAAUUCAAACGAGAAUUGCUUUGCCUUGGAAAGGGGUUUAGGGUUUGUUAUAACAUCUCGAACUCCCUUCUUUCUGUCCGGGUCAAACUCAAACUGAUAUUGACAAGGUUUUGCACCAAACUCAAGCAGCAAGUCUUUCUCGAUCGAGAUGAGUCGUGGAUCGGGAGCUGGGUAUGAUCGGCACAUCACCAUUUUCUCACCAGAAGGGCGUCUAUAUCAAGUUGAGUAUGCUUUCAAGGCCGUCAAAGCAGCUGGAAUUACUUCCAUUGGGGUUCGUGGGAAUGAUUCAGUGUGUUUCGUGACUCAGAAGAAAGUGCCGGAUAAAUUGCUUGAUCAGACUAGUGUCACGCAUCUUUUUGCUGUCACAAAGUAUAUUGGUCUUCUUGCCACCGGCAUGACUGCUGACGCCAAAUCCUUGUUAGCUCAUGCUCGAAAUGAGGCAGCUGAGUUCAAGUUCAAAUUGGGUUAUGAGAUACCCGUUGACUAUUUGGCAAAGAGACUUGCUGAUAAGUCACAAGUCUACACCCAGCAUGCAUACAUGCGGCCACUUGGUGUUUCUGCUAUGCUUAUUGGGAUUGAUGAUGAACAAGGUCCACAGCUUUAUAAGUGCGAUCCGGCUGGUCACUACUUUGGAUAUAAGGCAACCAGCUCUGGCUCUAAGGAGCAAGAAGCAGUAAAUUUCCUGGAAAAGAAGAUGAAGAAUGAUCCACAACUUUCCUUCGAAGACACUGUGCAAACUGCAAUUUCAGCGUUGCAAUCGAUUCUUUUAGAGGACUUCAAACCCACUGAAAUAGAGGUUGGCGUAGUCAGAGUUGGCAAACCAGAAUUCCGCAUUCUGUCAACUGAAGAGAUUGACGAGCACCUCACGGCCAUCAGCGAGCGCGACUAGUUUAUUCGAAUGGUGUUGAUUAUUUGACCAGAAUUUAUGCUGGAAUUAAACAUUCAAGUCUAUUCAAAUGAUUCCAGUUGAUAUGUAUUGGUCGUUCAUAUCUUGUUGGUUUGUCUUGAAGCCAUUGGGAAAUAUCUGUACAUUAUGUGAUUACUGUGUACAGCUUUAUACCUCUGUUCUUUAGCACUUGAAUUUCAUACUGGCUUUGUUUUCCAUAAAGCUUUUAAUUUGUA